UUCAAAAUCCUCCCCAUUUGCAAGAACUAUUUCCACCUUCACAACACUUCGUCUCCCCAAAAUGAGCAUAAUAGUUCCCCUACAAAUCAACGGCAAGGAGGUCCACACCUCCAAGCUCAUUGACGUCACGAGCCCCUCCACCGGCAAGGUAAUCCACAAAGCUUCCGGGGCAUCUGUUUCCGACGCCCUCAAAGCUGUCGAAGCAGCAGAGUCCGCCUUCGAAUCAUGGGCCGACCUUCCUCCUGACCAAAAACGCAACAUCUUCCUCAGAGCAGCCGAUAUCCUCGAGCGUCGCACUGAGGAGGUUGGCAAAUGGGAGGAAGAGGAAGCAGGAGCUACCCCUCUCUAUGCUUCUGGAUUUGACGUCCCGACUGCUGUAAGCGGAUUGAGGGAUGUUGCGGGCAAGAUCUCGGGGAUUGUGGGGACGGUUCCGGCGUUGAGUGACCCGAGUAGGACGGGGUUGAUCAUGAAGGUGCCGUACGGUGUGGUUUUGGCGAUUGCUCCUUGGAACGCAACAUUCAUCCUCGGCUUUCGCUCCGUGACCUACGCCAUCGCAGCCGGAAACACUGUUGUCUUCAAAGUCUCCGAGCUGGCCCCCCGCUCAAUGGGCGUGAUCGGCACCGUGUUCCGAGAAGCAGGCCUUCCAGACGGAGUCUUGAACGUGAUCCAACAUCACCCUGAGGAUGCGGCCGAGAUCACGAAGAAGAUGAUUGAGCACCCGGCUAUCAAGAAGAUCAACUUCACUGGCUCGACCGCCGUCGGUAGAAUUAUCGCUAAACUCGCUGGUGAGAACCUCAAACCUGUGCUGAUGGAACUUGGUGGAAAAGCACCAGCGAUUGUGCUGGAUGAUGCGGAUCUUGCUCUUGCGGCGCAGGGCUGUGCACUAGGAGCGUUCAUGCAUAGUGGGCAGAUUUGCAUGUCUACUGAUCGGAUCAUCGUUCAGAAAAGUAUUAGUGGGAAGUUCGUGGAGCAGUUAAAGGGCGCUAUUGAGGCCAUCUUUCCUUCGAGUGGUGAGGCAUUGGUGAUGGUUAGUCCGGCAGGAGUCAAGAAGAACAAAGCUCUUCUCAAAGACGCAACGAGCAAAGGUGCCGAGGUUAUCUUCGGGGACAUCAAUGCCGAGGAAGCGGCGCCGGAGAGGAUGCGUCCUGUCGUCGUUAGAGGUGUAAAGAAUGGCAUGGAUAUGUACUACACGGAAGGAUUUGGUCCUACGGUAUCGUUGAUUGAAGUCGAGGAUGAGAAGGAAGCGAUCAGGAUUGCGAAUGAUACCGAGUAUGGGCUGGCGUCGGCGGUUUUCACCAAUGAUUUGGCAAGGGGAUUACGGAUUGCGAGGAAGAUUGAGACUGGUGCAGUGCAUAUUAACGCUAUGUCAGUUCAUGACGAGCCGAGCCUGCCGCACGGGGGCGUUAAGGCGAGCGGUUGGGGACGGUUUGGGACCAGUGGGAUUGAGGAGUGGGUAAAUACGAAGACAAUCACGUUCCAGAAUGGUUUGAUGGCUGGCAAGUGAUUAAGGCACUGGAAGGCCCCAAUUUGUUAAAUAUCAAAUAACUUAGCUAUGGAAUCAAACCGUCACCAGAUCUCGCACGCGGGAAUAAUGCUGCCAGGCGGGC